GCGUGGAACAUCGCUCAGUCGCGAAAGAAAAGCCAGAGAGAGGAAGCUAGUAAGUCUUAGGGAUCAUGGCCACGUGGCAGGACUUCAUCAACCAGAAUGAGGACCGGGACGGUGUCCGCAUGACGUGGAACGUCUGGCCGGCCACCAGAAUCGAGUCUACCAAGAUGGUGGUUCCACUGGCUGCAUUGGUGACUCCACUGAAAGAGAGACCAGACAUGCCCCCCAUCUGCUAUGACCCCGUCCUCUGUGGUCGAACGCAGUGUCGAGCUGUCCUCAACCCCAUGUGUCAGGUGGACUACAGGAGUAAAACGUGGACCUGUAACUUCUGUCUCCAGAGAAAUGCCUUUCCCCAGCACUAUGCAGCCAUCUCAGAGAGCAACCAGCCAGCUGAACUGAUCUCCCAGUUCUCCACCAUCGAAUACCAACUUCAGCGUUCUGGACAAGCUCCGGUCAUAUUCCUGUUUGUAGUGGACACUUGUCAGGACGAGGAGAACCUCCAGGCCCUCAAGGAGUCUCUGCAGCUGUCGCUGAGUCUCAUACCACCGACAGCUCUUGUGGGCCUCAUCACCUUCGGCAAGAUGGUUUGUAUGCGCAGUAACUUACACCUCUGCAUCACACAUUUUCCCCUGCUUUUGCCUUUAUCCCUCUCUCCCCACUCUCACUCCAUAUAAGAAUCACAUGGUUUAUACAUAUCCAAAUACACAGACACACACGCUUAUCCCACUUCCCUCCCUCUCUCGUUCCCUCACGCACUCCUUUCCCCUCUCUCUCCUCUCUCUCUUUCUCUCUUGUCCAUUCCUCCCUCCACUCCUCCCCAACACCCCCCAAUAUCUCCAACCCAGGUCCAGCUCCACGAGCUAGGAUGUGAUGGCUAUGCCAAGAGCUAUGUGUUCCGUGGCAGUAAAGACGUCAGUGUGACCCAGCUCCAGGAGCAGCUGGGGUUGGCUGGUGGCACUGGAGGUAGGCCUCAGGCCACACCUGCAGGCGCACCUCCACAACAGAAGCCCAAUAACAGGUUCCUCCUGCCGCUGCAGACUAUAGACAUGAACCUGACGGACCUGAUAGGAGACAUCCAGGGCGACCCCUGGCCGGUCUCCCAGGGAAUGAGACCGCUCCGCUCCACGGGGGUGGCUCUCUCCGUUGCCGUCAGUCUCCUGGAGGCUACCUUCCCCAACGCCGGGGCCAGGAUACUGCUCUUCAUCAGUGGAUCCUGCUCCCAGGGUCCAGGGAUGGUGGUGGGAGAGGAGUUAAAAGACCCAAUUCGAUCCCACAGCGAUCUGGACAGAGACAACGCAAAUUACUCCAAGAAGGCCUGCAAGCACUAUGAGGCUCUGGCCAAGAGAGCAGCUGACAAUGGUCACUGUGUGGACGUGUAUGCCUGUGCCCUCGACCAGCCUGGACUCUAUGAGAUGAGGUUCCUCUCAAACAAUACCGGGUGAGCUCAGUGGGGGGAGAGA